CCCUCGCGCAACAACGAAGACCCAAUGCAGCCAAAAAAAAAAAUGAAAAUCCAUUGUCCACCUUCUUUCCUCUGUGUGCUGGUGGCUGACCUCUACAAACUGUACCAUCUGGGCUUCCUUGCCUUCUGGCUUCCAGUUGGGAUCAGCUGAUGAGAGACACUGAUGGGUAUCAGAGGACCAGUGGUCAUGUAGGAAAUCGUAAAUCAUGUGAAGAUGGGACUCUUGGUAUUUGUACGCAAUCUGCUGCUAGCCCUCUGCCUUUUUCUGGUACUGGGAUUUUUGUAUUAUUCUGCGUGGAAGCUACGUUUAUUCCAGUGGGAGGACUCCAAUUCAGUGGUUCUUUCCUUUGACUCCGCUGGACAAACACUAGGCUCAGAAUAUGAUCGGUUGGGCUUCCUCCUGAAGUUGGACUCUAAACUGCCUGCUGAGUUAGCCACCAAGUACGCAAACUUUUCAGAGGGAACUUGCAAGCCUGGCUAUGCUUCAGCCUUGAUGACUGCCAUCUUCCCCCGGUUCUCCAAGCCAGCACCCAUGUUCCUGGAUGACUCCUUCCGCAAGUGGGCUAGGAUCCGGGAAUUUGUGCCGCCUUUUGGGAUCAAAGGUCAAGAUAAUCUGAUCAAAGCCAUCUUGUCCGUCACCAAAGAGUACCGCCUGACCCCUGCCUUGGACAGCCUCAGCUGCCGCCGCUGCAUCAUCGUGGGCAAUGGAGGUGUCCUUGCCAACAAGUCUCUGGGGUCACGAAUUGAUGACUACGACAUUGUGGUCAGACUGAACUCAGCACCAGUGAAAGGCUUUGAGAAGGACGUGGGCAGCAAGACUACGCUGCGCAUCACCUACCCUGAGGGUGCCAUGCAGCGGCCCGAGCAAUACGAACGGGAUUCUCUCUUUGUCCUCGCUGGCUUCAAGUGGCAGGACUUCAAGUGGUUGAAAUACAUCGUCUACAAGGAGAGAGUGAGCGCGUCAGAUGGCUUCUGGAAAUCUGUGGCCACUCGGGUGCCCAAGGAACCCCCUGAGAUUCGCAUCCUCAACCCAUAUUUCAUCCAGGAAGCCGCCUUCACCCUCAUCGGACUGCCUUUCAACAACGGCCUCAUGGGCCGCGGGAACAUCCCGACCCUCGGCAGUGUGGCAGUGACCAUGGCACUACACGGCUGCGAUGAGGUGGCAGUUGCAGGCUUCGGCUACGACAUGAGCACACCCAAUGCGCCCCUGCACUACUAUGAGACCGUGCGCAUGGCAGCCAUCAAAGAGUCCUGGACGCACAACAUUCAGCGAGAGAAAGAGUUUCUGCGGAAGCUGGUGAAAGCGCAUGUCAUAACUGACCUAACCAGUGGCAUCUGAGGUGGACCCAGCACGCGGCCACAGAAGUCCAGCCACCGCCACCUGCCCACUUCAUUGGCCUCGGUCUGGCUCUGCCUGAGAGGUGUGGGAGCCUUCAGACCCAGAGAAGGACAGUGCCAAGUGGCCCCAGGGGUGGUGAGGCCUUGGUGGGGCAGCCAGAGUUGUGUCUGCUCAGAGCCCAGCCUCAGAGACCAGCACUAGGCCUCACUCUCAGCCUGGGUCCUUGAAGCCAGAGGGCCAGGAGGCCACUGGCCAUGCCCAGCGGGCCCAGCAUGCAGGAGGCGGACAUUAGGCAGCAAGGCUGCUGCCAGAAUCAUUUCUCCAAUCAGUGUUCAGUGUAUUAUCAUUUUGUGAAUUUGGGGUGGGGGGAGGGUAGGGAUAAUUUAUUUUUCAAUAAGGUUGGAGAUGUCAAGUUUGGUCUACUGACCGUGCAGAAGACCCACUAAAGGGCCCCUCAGGCAGUGGUACCAAUGGGCUCCCUGUAGAGUGGGAGUGCCAGGACUAGCCUGUGCCCUGCUCUGGGGCUACAGGGAGAUGGGCAGGAUCUCAGGCCAGCCCCUUCCGGCUCAUGACACUGUUUGGCCUUUCUUGGGGAGCAGAUGAGAUAGUCCCACUCAGCAGCCCCCAGCUGUCCCACAGAGAAACGCUGGCGCCAUCCUUUAAGCCAACAAGACGCCCCUGGGCUUGAGUGGAGAGAACUUCAGAGCUCGGGCGGUGAGGCCUGGCCCAACCUGAUGGGAAUGCCCCUCCCCCCCCAGCUGCCGCCGACCCAGAGGACAGUGCCCCAGGCCUGGGGUGACAACGUGGCAGCUGUUCUGGGUUUCAGCAGUGAGACUGCCAGGUCUUUGGGUUCUGCCUUUAGCCUGGACCAGAGGGAAGCGAGGCUCAAGGACCUCACCCAGGCUGUGGCAGGCAUCCUGAGCAGCCAUCAUGGAAGCAAUAAAGCUCUGCCCUGAACCUGGCCUCCUCUUGCUUCCUCUGACUUUCCUGGAAGAAACGGGAACCUGGGGCCUCAGCAAGUAUGCUAAACCCAAGGGCCAUCUCUCCAGCCCUCCUGGGUCCCUUUCACUUCUCAUGUUAGCU